AUGCACUCCGUUCCCGUUAUCCCGACAGAAAGUCCCGCCAUCAAGAACGCCCCGUACGUGGGCCUCGUGGAGGGCAACGGCUCGUUUAGCAACGUCCACCUUGCCGUUCUCGCUCUUGGUGUGCCGUGGGUCGUGAAGCGCGUUCUCCCCUUUGUUAACCGGGGAGGGUUCGCGACCUACGUCUUGCUGGCUGUGCUUCUCGGUGCGCCUGUUGCUGUUGGCUACUGGGCUGUCAUGAGCAGGUGCGGUCCUCGCAAGAACGAGAAGGUUGCGCUUCCGGGAAAGGAUAUCGAGGCGUAUAUUACUAUCAAGGAUCCUGAGCUGAGGGCUGUGUAUCAUGGCAAGGAGAAGAUACCCAUGCAGGUUUUCCACGACGCGUACUUUGAGGGCAAGAUUGACUUCAAUGAUGACGUCCUCGAGAUUAUGGAACAGCGCCACGACUGGGCGAAGAUGGUCAUGACGCCCGAGCUUUUUAAAUACGUCUUCAUGAACCUCAUUCCGGACGUCAUCUUUCACACUCAGAACCAGGACGAGGAGCAGGUCCGUGGCAACUAUGACCGCGGCGACGAUUUCUAUUCUUGGUUCCUCGGGCCACGCAUGAUCUACACGUCCGGCGUCAUCUCCGACAUUACACGUGAGGAGACGCUCGAGGAGCUGCAGGACAACAAGCUCAAGAUCGUCUGCGAGAAACUCAACCUCACGCCCGAGGACCGGCUGCUCGACGUCGGCUGCGGCUGGGGCACGCUCGCGGCGUUCGCGCACAAGAACUACGGCUGCGAUGUUACGGGUAUCACUGCGGGCAGGAACCAGACUAAGUUUGGGAACGACCGCAUUGUGAACAACGGGGGGGCCCCGGACAGGGCCCGGAUUCUGUGUAUGGAUUACCGAGAUAUUCCCGGUGGACCGGGUCAGUACACUAAGAUUGUGGCGCUUGAGAUGGCGGAGCACGUUGGGAUCCGUCGUUACGGGACCUUCAUGAAGCAAAUGUACGAUCUUCUCGCCGACGACGGUAUCUUUGUCUUCCAGGUCUCCGGUUUCCGUCCCCAUUGGCAGUACGAGGACCUUAUCUGGGGCUUGUUCAUGAACAAAUACGUUUUCCCGGGUGCGGAUGCCAGCUGUUCCCUGGGCUGGGUCGUCAACCAGGUUGAGGCCGCUGGCUUCGAGGUCAAGAGCAUCGAUGUUCUGGGUGUGCACUAUUCCGCUACGCUCUGGCGCUGGUACAAGAACUGGGUCUCGAACAAGGAGCGCGUGCUUGAGAAGUACGGCGAGCGCUGGUUCCGCAUCUGGGCGUUCUUCCUCGCGUACGCGACUAUCAUAUCUCGUCAAGGAGGCUGUUCUGUCUUCCAGCUCACCCUUCACAAGAACUUGAACGCUUAUCAUCGUAUCAAUGGUGUCCCGAGCCAUACUUCUAUUCAUGUCACUUCUGAAAAAGAGCUAUCGUGA